UGUCUUCUAUUGUCUCCUUCCUGGGAAUGUUUUUGGUCUAGAGGAUGACCACAGCCUCGUGGGUUCGGACGGAUGACUACUUUGUGGGAGCGGUAAUCGGGGAAGGGUCGUUUGGCCGUGUUGUCCAUGGACGGCACAAAGUGGACGGUCGCGAUGUUGCCAUCAAAGUCGUCGACAAGCAUUCGCUCGUGAGGAAUCCCGCUUGGAGAGACUCUGUUCUGCAAGAACAACGACUCCUACGCGAGCUCCGUAGCUGUAACCGUAUAGUACAGCUGUACUCGUCGUUCCACGACGCGGAAUGCCUCUACCUGGUGCUAGAGUGUUGUCGUGGCGGCGACCUCCAAGGUCUUUUGCGACAACAACAGCUACACACGGGAAUGCACGUCUGCGUGGACACCCAAUGGCAGCAGAGCGUCUCGUACUAUGCGAGAGAAAUAUGGAUGGCCCUCGCGUUCCUUCACGAUCGAGAAAUAGUACACGCAGACGUUAAACCCAGCAAUAUUCUCCUGACCGAGCGGGGUGAGGUUCGACUCGCCGAUUUUGGAGCCGCUGUGGAUCUUGCGCGUAAUCGCAACAAGAAAGAAAGCAUUGGGGAUCAGCCCGUGUGCUACCAAGGGUCGACCAGUUACGCCAGUCCCGAGAUCAUUCGCGGAAACCCACUGUGUCGUCUGACAAUCGCCGUUGACUUGUGGUCGUACGGUUGUCUAGUAUAUGCCAUGUUUGCAGGCGGGUCUCCGUUUACGGCAGAAACGGGUCUUUUGGUUGUGGAAAGAGUUGGAAGGUAUAUAAAAUCCGACUUGGAGGUAAAAAAAGAAUAUUUUCGAUACCUUCCCGAGAUUUGGAAAAGUUUGGUGCUAUCUCUUUUGGAACCAAGUGCCGAGCUCAGAAUCAAGGCUCCCACGACUGCCAACUUAAACGAUGCUUCCUGCGAUCUUUGGAGAGAGGCAACCUUAAAUUUCCAGAACCUCUGUCUUCCUGCAAAGCCAAAUUGGCUACAAUACACAAACACAAUGAAGGACGGCAAGUUAGGCUGGAGUGUUUUCUUGGUUUGA